ACCAGGAAGUAAAUACUGUGAGAGGUAGAGGGAGUCCCCAAAGCGGCAGCUGAUCAGUGGGGCGGAUAGUUUUGCUGCGGUUUAAACUUAUACAAAUCAACCCGGGUGUCCUCAAGAAGAACAUCUACUGUACUGGCAUCUGCUGUGUUGUGUUGGAAUAUAAUGACACUCGUUGUUGUGUGCUUAUAAAUGUCAACGAGCUAACGCCGUGGCUGGCGCUAAAGUUAGCUUAUUCAACCAGCUAGUUUUAGUGAAAGGCUCGAAGACUCCGACAUGAGUGAAUGUGCGACCAGACACCGACUUGCGUAACCUCGAGCUGCGUCAGUGUGGCAAUGAGGAGCAGCAGGGUCCACCUCUGAGGGGUUGGAGGUAUGAACUCAGUUUCCCCCAGUGCAGCGCAGUAUGCGGGGAUAGUGAUGCAGGGUGAGCAGGUGGAGAGCCGGGGGCAGCCGCCUCUGGAGCGGCAGGGCAGCUUCGGAUUCAGAACGCCUCAAGUUUCAGAUGCAAGCAGAGAAGCAGCCAGAGAGCCUGAUGAGAUGGAUAAAGUCAAGGCCAAACUGAUUUCAGCAUGGAACAAUGUCAAAUAUGGUUGGACGAUUAAAACCAAAACCUCUUUCAACAAAAUAUCUCCUGUCACUGUCCUGGGACACUCCUAUCUGCUCAACAGUGAAGAUGAGGUGGACAGGUUCUGUCGGGAUUUUGUGUCCAGAAUAUGGCUGACUUACAGGAAGGAGUUUCCUCUGCUGGAAGGGUCCACCUGGACAACAGACUGUGGUUGGGGCUGCAUGCUGCGCAGCGGACAGAUGCUGCUGGCACAGGGGCUCAUGGUCCACCUGAUGCCUAGAGAUUGGGCUUGGCCAGAUGCUCAGCAGCUCACUGAUGUGGAUUUUGAGGUGUUCCGGCCUCGUUCCCCAGUACGGGCUGGAGGGGUCCCCAUUCCAUCCUUUGGUUCUUUGCGAGGAUCCAGCACCCCAGAGAAAAUCCCGGCUAGCAGUCAGGCAUCCAGGCUCUGCCAGAGAAAACAGACAGAGUCUGCAAAGGACCGGCGAGCUGAGCCCAUCCACUCCAAGCUAAUUACCUGGUUUGGAGAUCAACCUCCAGCACCUUUUGGUGUUCACCAGCUGGUGGAAAUAGGCAAAAGUUCAGGGAAGAAGGCUGGCGACUGGUACGGCCCCUCAAUAGUGGCACAUAUUCUUCGGAAAGCUGUGGCCGAAACCUCUGUGGUACAGAACCUAGCUGUGUAUGUUGCUCAGGAUUGUACAGUGUACAAAGAGGACGUGGUGCAUCUUUGUGACCUAUCACCAGGUCGGAGCCCUGCUGAUCCUUCCUACCAAGCCUGGAAGUCCCUCAUCAUACUGGUGCCGGUCCGGCUCGGAGGAGAGGCCCUCAACCCGUCCUAUAUUGACUGCGUCAAGAACAUCCUGAAGCUGGAUUGUUGUAUUGGAAUAAUUGGAGGGAAACCAAAGCACUCACUGUACUUUAUUGGCUUCCAAGAUGAGCAGCUGCUCUAUCUGGAUCCUCACUUCUGCCAGCCGGUUGUCGAUGUCGCUCAAGCAGAUUUCUCACUGGAGUCGUUCCACUGCAGCUCUCCUAAAAAGAUGCCCUUCAGCCGCAUGGAUCCCAGCUGUACCAUCGGCUUCUACGCCAAGAGCAAGAAGGACUUUGAGUCUUUAUGUUCAGAUGUCAGCAGGGCUCUAUCCUCAUCCAAGGAGAAAUACCCCAUCUUUACCUUCGUCGAGGGGCAGGGUCAGGACUAUGGGCUUCAGGGUCACAGCAGCAACCACAGUGGACCCUCAGCCCACAUCCUGCCCCCAGGCACACUGAGCAGGAGUAACAAUAGAAGCAGCAGUGAGGAGUUUGUCUUCCUGUGAGCCAAUGGGUUAACAUGAUCUCCCACGUUCCACCACUAGGUGGCAGACUCUUCAUUCUUCCUUUAAAAAAACCAGAGGUCCGGUUGUGCAGCUGCCAGUUGCAAAGUGGAUCCGACUCUUUGUCUACCUUGCUUCAGAGACACUGUUAGGUCUGCAUGGAUCAGUUCUACUUUCUUUACUGGAGGAAGUUGAUUUUCAGACCUGAUCUUGAUUUGAAAGGACCGUUUUUUCUCUCUCAAGUCGGUCAAAAAAUAUCUAAAACUUCAAUGCCCAAGGCUGCAGCUUUUCAUUCAAGUUUCAUUCUCUUUCAGGUUUAUUUAUAAGAAUUAUGGCUGUGAAUGUGUGAGUGAGUGUUGGGUUUGUGUAAUUUAUUGUCAAUGAUUUUUCCAGAUAUGUUUAGAUGUCAGUGCUGUUGUGUCUCCUAGAUGUUUGGGGGCCUUGCAGGAGUUGCAGCUUUAUUAGAGCUUUUGUAUCUCUGAGAAAUCCAGAGCCUUUCCUCAUUAUUUAUCAUCAGAACUAUAAAACCCUCCCAGAAAUCUGCUGUUGCAUUUCUCUUGCUGCUGGAAAUGAAUAUUUAUCUUUAUUACUGACUGGCCACGUCUCAACAAGCUUAAUCUAAAGUUAUCUGGAUACAUUGGCAAAGUAAAACCUAAAGCAGCUCUGUUUAAUCAACAAGGUUUUAUUGUGUCGUAUCACCAUCCUGAGUUGAGCUUUUGAAAUGGUCCCAUUUUGUUAUAUGACAGCUCUUACUGGAAGUUGCACUGCUACUGUUGGCUAGUUUGCUGUCCAGAUUAAAUACAAACACUGGAACACUA